AUGGAGAUAUUUUUAAAGAUAUUUGUGACAGUGUCAUGGCUGAUGAUGAUACAGGCAGCACCACGACAAAAGAGGUUAACUCUAGCAGAAAAAAUGCCUAGUUACUACUACAGCAACAUCGGUGGAAAUCCAAAUGUAUAUGAGUUUGGGUACGACGUAUCAGAUUCAGCAACUGGAAAUAAUCAAUUUCGUUCAGAACAACGACAUCCUAAUGGAACUGUAACGGGCCACUAUGGCUAUGUAGAUCCCUCGGGCAUUCCUCGCAAAUACAGAUAUAUCGCUGAUGAAGGUGGAUACAGGGUAUUUUCAGACAGAGCCACGACAGGCCCGCCUGCUCCGAAGCCUUUCUACUCCACUGAACACGUGGACCCAUCUAUAUCAUGGACGCGCCCACCUAAAAAACCUAACAAAAACCAAAUUCUAAGUUCUAAUAAUUUUGUAACAGCAUUUGCAAAUGUUGUUCAAUCACUCAUAUCUCAUGAAACAAAUCCAUUUAUCAAUCAUAAUAACUAA